AUGUAGAAAUCUACCACGUGCAAGUAGUUUCGUUGCCAUUUGGCAUUGGCCUCUCUUUCUUUCUCUCUUGCUGCUGUGAGUAUCUGUUUUUUUAACUCGAGCCUAUUUGGGCUUAUCAUUACUUCGUACUAAUACCGUAAUACGAUGCGUACACGAGACUGAGUCGACGACGAGGUGAAUUCAGCAACCGCACCACCGCGGCUUUUUCUGAAAUCAGAGAUCACAAAGAAAAAAAAACCGCCGCGCACAGAUACCGGAAAAAACCACAAUAUUUAGCGGUUUCUGUUACUCGUUUUGAGAGAGGAGGCAACACGAAAUUGACGAAGGAAACCAAAUAGUUGGCACGCCACGCCAUCUCUCUGCAUUUUUCCACUCGAAUUGCGGUUUUAAUUUCCACAUUACAAUUAUAAUCAUUGUACUGAAGGAAGGAAGGAUAUGAAAGGUGGCGGUGGCGGUGGAGGAGUUGGUCCCGGGAAGCGGCGAUGGAGAUUUCUGGCCGUUGGCGUUCUUUUCCUUGUGGUCCUCUCAAUGCUGGUUCCCCUUGGAUUCUUGCUUGGCUUACACAAUGGAUUUCACUCUGCUGGAUUUGUGCCUCGUCCACAUACUACAACUUCUGGGGAUCGUUCAAACCAUGUAGAUAACCUUGUGAGAAAACUAGGGCCUACUCUACCAAAGGAUAUUCUUAAACACUAUGUAAAUGAAGCUAAAAAUGAAACCAGCAGUGCAAAUGCCACACGUAAAAGUCAGAAAAAAAAAGGUACUCCAGUUCCUCCUCAAGUCGUGCUGCAACCACUCAGCAAAAGAAAUAUUAGUGGAGAUGGUGAUAAAGCAGGGAUGAAAGGUGGUAUUAAUGAAGGUUUGAGAUUAUGUGAGUUGCAAUAUGGGAGCUACUGCAUUUGGCAUGAAGAAAAUAGGGAAGACAUGAAAGAUUCCAUGGUGAAGAAAUUGAAGGACCAGCUUUUCGUAGCCAGGGCAUAUUAUCCUAGUGUUGCCAAAAUCCCAGCCCAGAACACGUUGACUCGUGAUCUGAGACAAAAUAUUCAAGAACUAGAGCGUGUCCUUAGUGAAAGUACAACAGAUGCUGAUCUUCCACCAGAGAUUCAAAAGAAGUCAGAAAGGAUGGAAGCUACAAUAGCCAAAUCCAAAUCAGUCACUAUGGAUUGUCAUAAUGUUGACAAGAAAUUGAGACAAAUAUUUGACCUAACUGAGGAUGAAGCUAAUUUUCACAUGAAGCAGAGUGCAUUUCUUUACCAACUUGCAGUCCAGACAAUGCCCAAGAGCCAGCACUGCCUGUCUAUGAGACUAACUGUCGAAUAUUUCAGAGACGAUUCAUUUGAUCAAGAGCUGCCUGUGAAAUACUCUGAUCCCACAUUGCAACACUACGUUAUAUUCUCCACUAAUGUUAUUGCCUCAACAGUUGUAAUAAACUCAACUGUUAUGCAUGCAAGAGACAGUAUGAACCAGGUUUUUCAUGUGCUGACCAAUGGACAGAAUUACUAUGCAAUGAAACAUUGGUUCCUCGGGAACACAUUUAAGGAUGCUGUAGUUGAGGUGUUGAAUAUUGAUCCUUUUAUUCCAGAUUACUACGAUAAAGCCACUCCAUCUCACCUAAACCUACCUACAGAAUUUCGAGUUUCCUUUCAUGGUAUCAAUAACGCAUCAGCAAUGCAUAGCAGAACACAAUAUAUAUCUAUUUUUUCUCAUUCCCAUUAUCUUCUUCCUGAGAUAUUCAAAAACUUGGAGAAAGUUGUGGUUCUGGAUGAUGAUAUUGUUGUCCAGCAAGACUUGUCAACACUCUGGAGCCUUAACAUGGGACAGAAAGUGAUGGGUGCCAUCCAAAUUUGCUCUGUCAGAUUGGGUCAGGUGAGGAGUUAUUUGGGUGAAAGCAGCUUCCACAAAAACUCAUGCACUUGGAUGUCCGGAUUGAACGUAAUUGAUCUGGCCAGGUGGAGAAAGCUUGGCAUUUCUGAAACUUACUGGAAGUUGGUGAAAGAGCAGGUCAGCAAGAAGGAGGGAUCAGCUGCGCUUGCAAGCUUGCUUACUUUUCAGGACCUAAUCUAUGCGCUCGACAAUGACUGGGUUUUAUCAGGACUUGGUCAUGACUAUGGGCUUAGCACUCAAAGCAUCAAGAAAGCUGCAGUGUUACACUAUAAUGGAAAUAUGAAACCUUGGCUUGAGCUGGGAAUUCCCAAAUAUAAGGUAUACUGGAGAAAGUUUCUAAACCCUGAAAAUCAAUUUCUAAAUGAGUGCAAUGUAAAUCCAUAAAUGGGCCGGUGGUGGGGUUGACACACUCUGAAUCCUUAGAAAAUUGAGGGCUCAAGGGGAACUAAGGUGCUGACAAUUUUGACACUGAGCUAGAGAAUUUUGAAGGGGGUGUUAGAUGGCAACAACAAAAGUAUAGCUGUGAUGACCUGGAUGGGUGCAUAUAUGUGUAUGUAUUCUGAAACUUUUCAGUAAAAAUAAAAGAAAGGACUCCCUGGAGGUGGCUACAGAUGGAUUUCGGGGGGCUAUUGAAGUGAUUGUUGGCAAAUGGAGAGGUAGCCUCUUUCAUUGUCUGCUUCCAUCUAGCUUUGUGUGGUACAGUGAAUUAAUGUGAGAAACCUUGACAAAAUAAUCAUACACCGAGAAGGGCGUGAUUUGCAUUCAAAUUCAAUGGCGCCAUUCUCAAUCAAAGAAAAUGCAUUCAUCCAUGGAGUGGUAUUAUGCUCCUUCAAAUUUUUUGGAUUUUCUAUUUCAUUUUUUAUUUUUAUUCUUUGUCUUGUUUUGUUUUGUUUUAGAUCGUAAGGAAAACGGUCCAACUAACUAAGCCUCCAAUUAAAAUUUUUUUUCUUUGUAUUAUUUGAUUUUGGAUUUUUUUUCAAUGCACAGGUAAUUGUCGUAAUGCUAGCUGAUUUCACAGAGAUGCAUUACUCA